UUGACAGUUGACACUUGAUUCGCUGACAUUUCAUUAAGGUUAUUGUUCUAGUACAAAAAUUGGGAAAACAUUUAUUUUAGAAUCGUUAAUCAAGCGUCUAAUUUAUUAUUAAAAUUAUGGGGGUCUUAAAGAAGACCACAGGGCUUAUGGGAUUAGCAGUUGCUCCUAAUCCCCAUCAUACUCUUGGUGCACUCUACGGAAAAAUUUUGCGAACCUUAAAGAAAAUGCCGGAAAAUGCAGCUUACAGAAAAUAUACUGAACAGAUUGUUCGAGAGAGGGCAGCUGUGUUACAGCAGACAAAAGAUACAUACGAACUGGAGUCUAAAAUUAAUUGUGGCCAAGCUGAAGAACUUAUAAUACAAGCCGAAAAUGAAUUACACCUGGCCAGGAAAAUGUUGAACUGGAAACCAUGGGAACCUCUUGUAUCCCGGCCACCUAAAGGACAAUGGGACUGGCCUCCAGCUAAAGCUUAAAUGGAAACUUACUCAGAAUGAUUUGUCUAGUUCUCAUUUGUUAGUAAUAAAAAGAAAUAAUUAAUUUGUU